AUGACCAAAGAGUAUCGGGUCAAACAGAAGAUAGCGAUUCCCAGUUAUCUAAUAGCCAUCGCUGUCGGAGAUCUGGUCUCCAAAGAGAUCGGACCGCGAAGUCACGUGUGGUCAGAGCCGGCGCUCAUCGAUCGGUGCGCCUAUGAGUUCGCAAACACCGAGAAAAUGUUGGCCACCGCUGAGUCGAUAGUCGGUCCCUAUGUGUGGGGUGUUUACGAUCUUCUAGUGCUUCCCAUUUGGAGGAAUGCAUGA